GCGCCAGAGUCGCCGCCAUAUUGUCAGGAGAGAGCGGCAGAGGCAUCAGACAGGGAAGGUUAUUGCUCUCACAUAUACACAAAGAUAUAGGUUAAACUUCCAUAAUUCAUAGCAACAAAGAUGAGUGACAUUGACGAAACAGCCUACGAAGGGAGGGAGUCACGUUCACCAUCCAAAUCUCCAAGCGGGAGUGCUGGCCGUGUAAAAUCAGAAAGCCGCUCUGCAUCUCGCAGCCCAUCUAGGGCAUCGAAACGUUCAGAAUCACGCUCUCGAUCAAGGUCCAAGUCAAGAUCUCACUCAAGAAGACAUUCGCAUCGGCGUUAUUCACGCUCCAGGUCACGAUCCCAUUCACACCGAAGGCGAUCUCGUAGUAGGUCUUACACACCUGAUUAUCGAUCACGCAGAAGGAGCCGUAGUCACUCCCCAAUGUCCAGCCGAAGGCGCCAUGCAGGAAGUAGAACGGGACAUGUGUCAGCGAAACACGGAGCGUUGAUAGUAGAUGUGGAGAAGUCCGCUGCCAGGACUGCCCCAUCGUCCCAGAUGAAGGAUGAUUCCUGGAGGCGAACAGGAUAUGGGAAGAAAGAAGGGAAACUCGGUUCUCAAAACGCUAACCCAGAUCCAAACACUUGCCUAGGUGUUUUUGGUCUUAGUUUGUACACCACUGAACGUGAUCUUCGUGAAGUUUUCUCUCGGUAUGGGCCAUUGGCUGGAGUCAAUGUUGUCUAUGAUCAAAGGACUGGUCGUUCACGGGGAUUUGCGUUUGUUUACUUUGAAAGACUGGAGGAUGCUAAAGAGGCAAUGGAGCGUGCGAAUGGAAUGGAACUGGAUGGUAGACGAAUUCGUGUUGAUUACUCUAUUACAAAGAGGCCCCACACUCCCACUCCUGGGAUUUACAUGGGACGACCUACUCACAGUAGUGGUGGAGGUGGUGGUGGAGGACGUCGCCGCGAUUCGUACUAUGAUCGAGGUUAUGAUAAAUAUGAUCGAUAUGAUGACCGGGACUAUGAUUAUCGAUACAGUAGACGACGAUCACCAUCACCCUACUACAGCAGAGGAUACCGAUCACGCUCAAGAUCUCGAUCCUAUUCGCCACGUCGUUACUGACCAGACUUCUGCUUGCUGGACAACUGUCUGAACAUUUUUAAUCACCGUGUUACAGUAACUUUUUUGGGAGGGGGGUGCAGGGGGAGGGGAGAUGGGUGGGGUUUGGGUUAAGAUUUUGGUAGUUGUGCAUGAUAGUUUCUGUGCCUGUAUACUGCUUUGGAAAGGCCAUUCUAAAAGCUACUUGCUUGAACUGAUUUAUGUAGUUCAUAACCUGAUGUAAGGAAAGGACAGGGCUGGAAUUUCAUGGUAAUCUCUUAAUUACCAAGUACUGGUUGUUUUUGAACAUGCAAAUACCAACAGUCAUUAGUUUUGUGAUGGUGUUUGAUUUUUUUUGUCAUGGGGUUGUUUUUGCUGUUUGAAACUGUCCUAGAGUUCUGAGGUGUAUUUUUUUUAUUCAAAGAAAAUCUGAUGUAAACCUGGCAAAAAAAAUCAGUAUAUGCAUUUUACAAAAUAACUAUUAAAAAUGUACAGAAAGGUAGCCAGUUGUGUCAUGUCCUUCUGAAAGAAUUCUAAAAAGAUUUUGCAAGUUUUGGAACCUAUUGAUUUAGAUGAGUACAAGUGGAAAAUUGACUUUCUGCAUUGAUUGAAAAUGUGAUGUGACAGAACUCUGUCUUCACAAUUGUAAAGGAUUACAAGGAUUAAAUUUUUUUUUUGUUUUUAGUUAACUGUGUAUUUCUAUAUUUUGACCUGCAAGGUAGAUCCUGCACAUCAACCAACUGCUAUAAUGUACAACAAUUUAAUAAAAAUUAAAGAUGCCUCGGAGGGAGAUACUUGGGGUGUUUCAUGAAUUGCUGUUGGAAUAUCUGAUUUGACUGUCAAUAGUGGGAACAAUUUCUUGAAAUGAAAAUUUGUUUCAAUUUGGAAAAGGAAACACCAACAUUUCCUUUUGCUUACUUUUAUAAACUUCCAUACAAAAACCUGGCCACUAGUGUUUAAUGCUCUGCUUUUAGACAGAAUAUACCUCCAAGUCUCUGGUAACAUAGAAUCAAAUGCAGGGAUACAUUGUCAACAAAAUUUUCAUGACAUAUAGAGUUCCCAUUUACAUUGAGAGAUCCUGUAACAGAUCAUUGUGUAAAGUUAAUGUUUGCACAUAUGCUACCACAAACACUUAAUACUCUCCAGUAUUUGUAAUCAACUCUUAAAAGUUUAGUGCACAUAGAAAGGGGAACAAAACAAAUGGUGAAAAAGGGAUCUGCUCAACAAAAGCUCAUGUUCAACUUCGCUUCUGAGUGGAGAUUGUCUGGUGAAUCUUUGUAUUGAGAAGCAACACAUACUCACUGUUAGAUUCCCCCACGUGCACUCAAUGGAUUGUUUAGAUAUGCACUUACCCAUAUAUUAAAGCUUGACAUUUUAAAAAAGACAUAAAAUCUAUCCUGUUUAUACAGAAAAUGUAAAUUAUUUCUUCUAACUUUUAGUUGUUAAAGCACUAGUCUUAUCACUCUAAUUUCCCUGUACACUGCUGCAAUGAAAAUAUUUACUUACGUUAGAGUGCAGAUUUAUUCAAUUUUUAGAAAAUGUUCUGUAAUGUAACAUUGAGGGGGGACAGGGAAAGUAGUCUAUUGGCUGGUUUGUGAUGCAGAAUGACAUCAAUGACCGGUUCAAAUGCCACACCAGCUAAGGUUGCCAUGAAGGAAUUGCCAUCUCAAAUGUUUCCCUUACCUGAAGUAUAAAUGGAACUUGCAUGUUAAAUAACCAGUUAUAUCACCAAUGAGCGAGCAGCCCUAUAGUUUUGUAACACUGGUGACUUUACAAUAAAUGUGCAAUUAGAACUGACUUUUUAAAUCCCUAUGUCAAGUUUCAUACUGUAUACAAUGUUGUGCUACAGAGUCCAUAAUCUUGUUUCUAAAUUGUGAACUUGCUUUCUAAGUCCUUUAAUGAUUUAAGAAGGAAUCUCAGACUGAUCUUCAGUGAAACUCAGCUGUUAGUUGAUUAAUGCUUGGAGACCAUAUUUGAAAAUAGUGAACAGUGUGUGCAUUCAUCUUGCAUUUUUGUAUCCUUAACCUUUUUUUUGUUUCGUUGCAUCUUUCUCCCCCACUAGCAGCACCAGGUUUGUUCUCUUUUGAGUCGGACUUGAUGCUGCCAUGUAUUUUCUUAAUAUGAUUUACAACUGUAACUUUGGAGUGUGCUAAUUUUUAUAAUCAGCUCAUACUUUUUUAAGGUUGUGUUUGCACGUGUAUAGAUUCGUUUUCAACUCUGUUACUGGAUGUUCUUUUCUCCUGGAAUUUUCACCUGCUUUUGACCACACCCGUGGCUGGUCAGAUGCUGUGAUGCAGAUAAUAAUUUGUUCAGCUCUUAUCAAAUUCUUAAAAAAUUGCACUGCCUCCAUAUGAGUAUUAAGUUUCUUUAAAUAAAUCAGUAUUUUUGCA